UUUUUUUUCUGUGUCUCGUACUUUCGUUCUCCCGACUGUGGGCCCUUGUUAACAUCUGUUGCGUGGUCACCAGCUGUUUGAGAUAACGCUAAGAAAAUGGGAAAAGUCUUUGCUUGCUCUUUACUCUUACUAUGUGUCACGGUUGUAUAUAUGUCAGCGAAUGCAUCGGCGGCAACACAGUUCCCGUUGUUGAUGCCUCACGUUCGACCCACGCAGAAUGAAACCUACCUAUGUACAGCAUUCCAUAUAACACCAAGCAAGCAUAAGUAUGUGGUGGCAUUCAAGCCUAACGCAACAAUGCACGUGGCCCACCACAUCCUAAUUUACGGAUGUCUGGAACCGGGCUACCGUGAGCAGGAUUCUCCAAGGGCAGUGUGGGAUUGUGGAGAGAUGAGCAACUCCAACUCGGAGUUCUUCAAAGGGCCGACUUGUGCUCGAGGGCCUCAGAUCAUUUACGCAUGGGCUCGGGAUGCUCCGGCCCUUUCACUGCCUCAAGGUGUGGGCUUCAAGAUUGGUGGUGAUAGUGGCAUCAAGUAUUUGGUGCUUCAAGUUCACUACGCUGACACUACUGCUUUUCUUGACCCACGCAAGACAGACAUGUCUGGCAUUGUCCUCUCUGUGUUGCCUGGAAAUACACAGCUCGUGAAACGACGAGCUGGUAUUUACCUUCUGGGAACAGGAGGCAUGAUUCGUUCACACAAAAUGGAACACUUUGAAGCUGCCUGCCUCAUCGACGAGAACUUGACCCUCUAUCCAUUUGCAUUCAGGACCCACACGCACAAACUCGGCAAGGCUGUUAGUGGCUAUAUUGUUAGAAAUGGCCAGUGGAUUAACGUUGGCAAGCACGACCCAUUGCAGCCGCAGAUGUUCUACCCUGCUAACAAGGGCAUCAAGGUCACCAAGGGUGAUAUCCUGGCUGCCCGUUGCACAAUGUACAACUUUAGGAACAGAGCCACUUAUGUUGGCUCCACAGGCAAUGACGAAAUGUGCAACUUCUACAUGAUGUACUAUGUGGAUGGAGACAAGAUCCUCGACAGAAAGGACUGCUUCUCGUAUGGGCCGCCUGUCUACUAUUGGGGCCGUGACCCACUUCUUGCCAAUGCACUUACUCCCGAGGUUGACAAAGACGCGAGCACUCUCGAGUAACCGUCUCGCAACCUGGCAUGAGCCAAUGGGAUUUCUGUGUGACCAGUCUCCUCGACUCCAUUUUUCCCUCAUGACCUGCCGACUUUCCGAACAUCAUUUCUUAUCUCCCACUUUGGCUCCAGCACCACUUAUGCUGGCAGCACUAAGAAAUGGCUGGUUCAAAGGGUCUCAACUAUGAGAACAAAUCUGCGCAGUAGUGCCACCACUGGCACUGGCAGCUUAUCAACUCAGUGUUGAACUUUUAAUGCUCGAGAUGGAAGAUCAGUGCACUUGUGCUGAAAAGUGUUCUUUUUUUAAGUUGUUGUUACAGCAUGAACUCUGAGCCUACACUUGAGUUUGUUCCUCAAAUCCGUCAAGUAGGACAGUAGAGUGUGUGCCCUUGGCUGGUGCAGCCACUGUGCCUCACAAGCACUCUUCAACAAUUCCUGAAUGAUGAUUUCAUAAAUGGGCAGAUUCAUGUCUAAAUGAUGGAAAUGAGAUCGAGGGACAUUUCUCGAUUAACUCUGUCGCAGUUAUUUGUGAGAAAAGUUGUUAAAGCUUGGCAACUGCUCUGGCCGUAGGACCGCACUGCUGUUCUCUUAACAGAGUUGAGGAGACUCGAGUACAGGCUUGUUACGAAUAUAGGGGCAAGGUUAUAAAGUGUCUUCAACGAAGAAAAUCUCUGUUUAUUCAAGUCACCCUUCGUUAUUUGUCUUACUCUGAACACUGUGCUCUUGUUCAGUGUGGAACAUCACUUGUUACUUUUGGGUAGAAGCACUUGUACAAGAAAGGCCCGAGCACAGCUAAGCAACUGUUGCAAAUCUUGGUAUUGGUACGUGCAUUGAUUUGUUUUUUUUUUCACCCAGCUUGUGAUGCCGUGCAACAUACUUCUUUUGGGAGAACUGCUAUCAUCUUAGUUGUGCAUGAACUUGUUCCUACUGCAAAUGAAGAUCGGGCUGUAUAAUUCAAAUGCAAACCUGCAGUGUAUGGCAGCCACUGCAAUGCAACUGCAGUACCAGUUUUGCCAAAAUAAAAAUGUUGAGCUACAAUUUUUGGCAGCCAAAACCCCAGUUGAGUGUGACAUGGUGCGAAGCAUUGUUGUUUCACGAGAAAAGUUCCCACGAAUAGUGUUAAUUUUCUGAAGAAAAAUGGCUAACACAGUAGUAACACAUGUGCGAACUGGUGGUAUGUGCAGUGCAAAUGUUACUGUGGUUGUUGAAGAUGAAAUGUUUUAUUCCAUUAUAGUAACUUCGUUUGUUCCGUUUGUGUGGCGUAGUGUUCACAUUCAGAGAUUUUGUUCCAGUAGGGCACUGCAAGCUACGGGUGUCCGAGCUGCAUAACAAUGAUGAGCGGCAUUGGCAUGCUUACACUUUUGCGUUUGAAAACUCAAAAGAAAGAGCAAGAGAGAAAGAGCAGAAAGAGCAUCGAGUGAGACCGCAACUCGUUUGCAUUAAAUUUAUGUUGAUGGUACAUGCCAAAAAAAGAAAAAGGUUGGGUUGCAGUGCAAUAGGAUUUGUGCACACUAAAUACUGCUGAGUUACUAGUUUUCACACUGAUCACUCCUAAUGCAUGACCAUAUAAGCAUGACUAUAGAAGAAGAUUAUAGUGUGAAGCCUUAUUUUGUGCAUUUUGGCAAGUUCUUUCCUGUCAUGAUUCUGAUGGCUUGAAAUAGGUAUCCUAAGCAGCAUAGAAGAAGAAGUUUAUUGGAAGCAGCAUAUAGAGAAGAAUAUUAUAAGGAAUGGCUAUAUGCUUUAUUUCAAUUCCUUGUUUACCUUUCAUCAAGACACGAGUUUCAUUGCAAACUUGACUUGAAAAUAAAGCAUAGCCCCUACUGUAUUAUGGCAUGGCACUGCACUUGUGGCUAGCUGCACAAUCUUGAUUUACACCGGUGAUUUAGUUCUGUAGUAAGAAGGUUCUAGGCUUGAUUCCUAGCCAUGGAAGCAGCAUUGUGAUGAAACAGAAUGCACAAAGAAUGUGUGCCAAAAUUUUAGUGAGCAUUAAAGAAAUUUAUGUGGCCAGAAUUGAUGCAAAGCUCUCUGUGAUGGCACUCUUAGUCCAGAUGCAGCUCUGGGUUGUGAAACCCUUGCGAAUGAGUUUUAAAAUCGAGUAACUUGUUUGUGUUCAUGUUGCAGUCUACUAGUAUAUUGGUUACAUUAACACAGGCAAUACAGCAGCAGGGCUGCAAUAUUAACCGUUUGGAUACGACUAUUAGACCACGAAAUUUAAGGAGUCUGUACAAGCACUUUGCAGCAAUGUAGCUAUUAUGAGACAAUGCAAGAUGCUAUUGGACUGACGUAAAACUUGUGUGGGCAAAAGUAGAGUACAGCGUGUAUAUGUGCUCUUAUGCUUGCUAGUAUCAGUUCUGAAAAGCAACUCCAUUCUGGAAUGCUGAGUUUUAGAGCUCGAGCAUGCCUCUUGGCUGGUGGUGGAACCACCGUAUUACGCUUAAAAGUAAUGACAUGCAAGGGGCAUUGCAGUCCAAUUCCCCUCUUCCUAGGAAUUUCUUCCAUCUUCUUUCCCUUCAUUCACCCAUGCUUCUGUACCAGCUAUGAAGUACCUCCCAUCUAUGUUUUCUGUAAGGUACAUGCUGAAGGCUUGUUUUUCAGGGGGUUCUCCCACGUAGUCUCUUUUUUUUUUGAAAAGAAGAGAGAGGUUAAGUGACUGCUAAGCUUUUUUGGAACAGGAGUUUGCAAGCUUCAUCAAAAUCUUAAUUUUGUGGGUUGUCACUGUGCACCAUUGCUAUUGCACUGUAUGCAGGAUUACAGCACAGUAAACUGACUCGAAGCAAGAUCUGUACGCACACCAAUUAUUUUAAAUUUCUUAACAUAACAACACUUCAUGUUUAGCUUUCAUUGCUACAAGGCUUACCCACUUAACAGGCGUGUAUAGUAUCAUGCUCUGUGGACAGACUAAAUGCAGCCAUCAAGGCUUAUCCUGCUAAAUUUUACUUCUUUCAUGUCUAAGAUUCUGUACUUACCGGCCAUAAAAAAUGAAAAACAGUUUGGUAAGCCCAAAGUUUGGCAUACAUUUCUAGCGAGUUGUAUUGUUGCCACAUGUCUGAAUGAGAAAAGUACACCUGAACAACUAUUACACUGACAGUCAUAGAAUGUUACUACGUGGCCAUGGGAAAUGUAAAGAUCUUAGUACAUCAUUGGUGGUAUGUGUUUUGGUUUCAAUAAACGUGUAGCGUCUACCUUUCCCUCCUCGCACGAAACAAAUACGCAUAAAUCAAAAUGCUUGCAAUUGCUACAGCUGAGAUCUUUGUUGGUGCCCAGUUGGAACACAUAUUAUUCGUGACGAUAGUAUAUGCAAUUGCUGUCAACUUUCUUGGUUGCAUGCUGUUUUGUGGUUAUGUGCUAGUCAUUGCAUAUAUUCUAAGGUACGUAACUGACAUUGAAGUACUGUCUUCGUUAAAUGUAAAUGGGCUACAUUGCUUGUGAACUACCAUGCUGACUGCGGGCGGUUUAAAAGUGUUCCUGCACUAUGCCAAAAGUUCCAGUACCCUAAGGAAUGAAAAGAACUCUCCUACUCACCAUCAAGAGGUCCAAAGAGUUGGGAGUGCCACAGGUACUGCAGCACACAUCCAGAUCGCAUAUAGUAUGGUGAACACGAGCAGCCCAUAUACUUGUGACAAAGGCUGUACAUACGAGCACUUGCGUUGCAUAACUGCUGCUGGAUCUUUGUUUUCAUCUGAUGGCACCAAGGCUAUGUAGUCUGUCGUGAUGCUGGAUGGCAAUGCUGACAACUUGUUUUACAUUGUUUUGCAUGGUACUAGUAACUUUUAUAUUUAAUGAGUAUUUAAGAUUUUACAUUUUGAAAAGUGUCUAGAUGGAGAGGGGACCAAUGAAGAUGUUUACUACUGCACACUGCAGAUGUACUAGCUACAGCCAGUGUUACAGCUAUUCUACAAACUAAGCAGUGACAUUCAGCUGUGAAGCUGUGAUCAGACUUUUUAAGUCCAGCAGCAGCACAGAUGCUCUGUAGCAAGGUCUUUUGCAUGGUUGAACAAAAGAUUUGUGUAAUUAUGUAAGGCUUUGAUUCAUACAUGUAAUAGUUGUUCAGAUCGUGACCUAAAACAAGACGGACAAGCCUGUACUGGUUCACCAAGCUCUUUGAUGCUGGUAGUAAUGCUCUUACCAUUUUGUCCCUGUGAUCUUAACAAUUCAAUGUGCGGCAUUGUGCGAAUCUAGGAACACUCAUUGUCUGUUAUCUCUAGUACAUACAUUCCAAGAAGCCUUGUGAUUCAAGUGUUCAUGUUACAAAGUGUUAUUUCUUCCUGGUCACUGACAACCUUGAUGUGUAAAAAUACCGCACAACUGACAGCUCUUGCUCUUAUUGUUUAAAUGCCGUAACUAAGAACUGACUUGUGCAUGUUGUACAUACGUGUGACUCGUGCCCGUUUCCCUGUAUUGUUAAUGUCAAGAGUAUAAGCAGUAAUAAAUCUUAUUCGUUGCACUAUCA